AUAAUAAUAAUAAUUUCCAUCAUUAAUAAUAAAUCAGCUGUCUACUCAAGUUCAACCAAUUAUAUUUGAAAAAAAAAAAACAUCUUCCCAAAGUGAACUUGAAGUACUCUGUAUAAAUACUUCAUAACGAGUACUGCAGUUAUAGUUACAGGUAAUGUCAGUUCAUUUGUUGUUUUGAUUUCCUUCUACUGAUUUAUGGUUUUAUGGUGUUUCUUUAAAUAACGUCGCUGCGUCACUUAUUUACGUAGAUGACGUAGAUAUAUAACGUCAACUGUGGCAUUCGAGAAUUCCCGGAAGUUUUGCCCUUAAUUAUUGAGCUUUAGUUUAUUUUUUACCGUGUUUGUUCCACAGAUUUGUCGUAAUGUCGUGUAUAAUUUUGUUCAUUUUUAUUUUAUUUAUUUUUUGUAACGGAGAGAAAGUAUUUCAGUAUAAACAGGUCAAACUGAAGAUUACGGACCGUUGGUUUUUGGGGUUUGUUUUGUAUUUAGUGUUAGCUCAGCUCUCCAGCGGGGGGCGGGGCUGUGAUUAAAUUAGACGGAGCCGCACUGAUACCAAAUGACUAGCUAAUGGCUAAUGUGUGUUAUUUGUUUAGUUUUUUGGUCAUUUUCGGACGACGUCGCAGUGGUCAGUUACAACAAUAAUUAACUCCGUUUCUCCCUUUGUCCAGCGGCUAACCUCGCUCUCUCUCUCUCUCUCUUUCCCGCUUCAUUAUUCAUCUCUUCGCGCUCCGGUUCUAUGAUCGUACCGUUUAUUUUCCGACACGCCUUGAACACACCCAUAAAACUCGUUCUUAUUAAAUCAAUUUUAACGGUAUUUUUCCACGAAAUAUGUAAUAUUGUUUAUUUGUUUGGUUUUAGUAAAGCGUUAUAUAAGAACCAUCGUCCUUUUACCACGUUAUAAUAGUUUUAAGAGACAUUAUUAUUAUUAUUAUUUCAGAUUCAUUUCCAGCCAACACUCCGGCGCGUAAUAGGUUUUUCCUAACGUUCCUUAAACGCACCCUCCCGACCCCCCCUUUCUCUCUCUCACUUUCCUGAUCCUGGUUGUCAGUUCUAUGCCCGGGUUACACAACCGUCAGCUCCGCGGUGUAAACUAGAAGCACGUGUUAGCGGGCGGUGCUGAAUCACGUCACUCCGCCCGACAACAAAGUGGAAAAACACCAGAGGAGGAGUCGCGGAGCUGCCGAGGCUCCGGUGAUCCACUCUGGUUUAUUAAAAUCAAAAACUAUGAAGGAGAGCCGGGGUUAAAAGAGUGUCCAUGAACGCCACCAUGUGUCUGCCUUACAGAGACGACAAUGACACGAACAUGAUCAGCGCCGAUGGCUGCUCCAAACGCGAGGAGACAGUGUUGGACAGAGGCCGGGGCAGGAGGAGGCCCCCGCCGGCAGAGAUGCUCCAUCUGCUCUCGGCUGUCUUCGUCUGGCUGCUCACGGGAACCACCAUCUCCAGCCUGAACAAAUGGAUCUUCACCGUGUACAACUUCAGGUUCCCGCUGCUGCUGUCAGCGCUGCACAUGCUCACGGCCAUCGUGGUGGACUACGGGUUGAUCAAACUGAGGCUGGCGCGGCACCGGGGGGCCGUGGAGCGGGACCUCACCACCAGCGCCAAGUGUAAAGUUUUCAUGUUGAGUCUGACCUUCUGCGCCAGCAUCGCCUUCGGGAACCUGGGUCUGAACUACGUCCAGCUGUCCUUCGCACAAAUGAUCUACACCACCACCCCUCUGUUCACGCUCGCCAUCUCCACGCUGAUACUGGGCGAGCAGCAUCACAUCCUCAAGUACACGGCCAUGAUGCCCAUCUGCCUGGGGGCGUCCUUUGGAAUCAUGGGAGAAGCCAAGUUUGAUCAAACCGGGUGUUUCUUUGUGAUCGCUGCCACCAUGCUGAGAGGGGUCAAGUCCAUACAGCAGAGCAUCCUGCUGCAGGAGGAGAAGAUCAACUCCGUGUCUCUGCUCUACCUGAUGUCCAUUCCCAGCUUCUUCAUCCUGUCUCUGGCGGCUCUGGCCGUGGAGAACUGGACGACGAUGGAGUCGCCGCUGCACUACGACCGCCGCCUGUGGGUCUUCAUCCUGCUGAGCUGCCUGAGCUCCGUCAUGUACAACCUGUCCAGCUCCUGCGUCAUCACGCGCACCUCGGCCGUCACCCUGCACAUCCUGGGCAACCUGAGCGUGGUGGGCAACAUGCUGCUGUCCCAGCUGCUGUUCGGCAGCGAACUCACGCCCCUCAGCUGCGCCGGCAUCGCGUUGACGCUGUCCGGCAUGCUCAUCUAUCAGAACUCGGAGUUCAUCGUCAGCUACCUGGACGGACGCAGAGUCCGAGUCAAGGGGUCGGGGGGUCGCGUGGACGGUCUCGUGGACGGUCUCGUGGACGGUCUCGCGGUGCGUGGACAGGAUUUGGACCGAGUGGGUCAAUCUGAGCCCACGUGUCGUCCGCAGAGGACAGAAAAUAAUCAGGACGACAAGACGGACUGAGGGGACGGGCUGAAGGACAGGAGACGGUUUUAGACAGUUUUAAAUGCUAAUUGAAAUGCUAUUUCAUUUUCAACCCGUCAACUCUCCCACUGUGCCAGUUCAGUUGACCUCUGGUCACAAGGUCACAGGAAACUGGAGUCGACGGAGAACAGGAAGUGACCUUUAGUAUUCCACAUGAUGGUUGAAGGUCGAGUAUGCAGACAUUUUUACACGGUCCGCAAACAGAGCAUGUAGCACCCUUCCUUCCUAUCCAGCAGGGGGUGCUAUAAAUAGUUUGAAUGUACUAAACUUGUCUGACAGUUCAACAGCAUACAACAAGAGGCUUCAUUUAUGACAGGAGUCCAGGGUCAGGGUUAGGGUCGGGGUCAGGGUCGGGGUCAGUCGGUCCCUGUGAGAUGAUCCGGAAAAUUCCUGCGCACCUCACCUUUAACCUCGGUCCGUCAUCGGUACCCAGACUGUUCGAUACCUCAGCAGGUAUUCACACUGUAUCUCCACUGCUCCACUGUGAAGACGCCGUGGUUAACGGAGGGCUAGCACGAGAGAGCGGCCCGCGCUUAAAGACAUUUUUAUUAUUAUUUUUUUUAAUUUAAUUUCCUGACCGCCGGGUUCUGGUAAAGUGGGGACCUGGCUGUUUGUGGCAGCUUUUUGAAUUUUCUUUUUAUAUAUACACUAUAUAAAUCUAUAUUAUAUAUAUGUAUAUAUAUAAUAUAUAUUCUUUUUUUAUUAUUUCAGUAGUUUAAGUUAGGAGGGUGAAUUUGUUGCUGUUGGGCUCGAACCCCUUUUUAUGGAAGUUUACGCAGACGCCUCUUCUCCACUGAAGCACAGUUCUACUCCGAGGCGUUCACUAAACUGAUCUCCCAUUUAUAGAGAUGGUUUUUAGUGUCGUUCCAGUGUUGUUGACUCAGACACCGACACAGACGGAACACAGUGGAUGUGAACCAAUCAGAGCCAUUGUUAUUAUGUAUUUAUUUAUUUUAUUUUUUUUUCUCCCUUAGUGUCAAAAUUGACACUGAUUUGGGUUGGGGGUUCAAAUGCCUUAUUUGUGACGUCGUUUGAAGUCGUUUUAAUUCAUUAGAACAAUUGGCAGCAAAAAAAAAAAAACUGUAUCUGGACGUAUCUGGUGUGAACAGAAGGGGGCAGCAUAACAGUAUUUUAAAAAUGUCUGAUCAAUAGAGAGGACUUCUUAGAGUGUCUUAACUUUUACUGUUUUGUUUUUUUUUCUCACCAACAUUAGACAUAGAGGCGCUCUAACCAGAGACGGUCGUCUCUUGGACCAUGGACCGUGUCACCUGGUCACUGUAGUCGUUCUGCAAACAGAGCGAUUUUAGUCUAAUGUUUCAUUAAUUUCACUGUGAGCUGGCUGUUGAAUUUAAACCCAGGACUGUGAAGGCAUCACUGGCGCCGCUCUGCUGGUUGGAGUCCAGACCGGUUCCCGUCCCCAACAUCGACCAUGUGACACUACAUGAGUCCAACACAAGAAAAUCAGAACUGUUCCUUUAAGGCCUGGAUUUUUUUUUUAAUUAUAAUUUUUUUUACCAUCUUUUUAUGGCCUCUGUGUGGCGCUGCUGCAGUGGGUUCUAUAUUUAACAUCACUUCAGGCUGACAAUUAGAUCCACGGGUUCUCUAAGGAGUGCCACUCAUUUAUAACAGCCUCGUCCCGGGGGGGUCGGGGGUGGGGGGGAACUGUCCCUUCAUUCUCUUACAUAACAAUCAAUGUCAAACUUUUUGCAGAUGAUGUGACGUUUGAAAACCAGCCCGUCUUAGGAAAACGAUUUAUUUUUUGGCGUUUUUGGUGUUUUUUUUUAAGGGUUUACUCUACAGAAAGAAAUCUUACUCCUCUUUGACCCCUCCCCCUUUUUUGGGCUAAUCUCAUGGUAUGGAAUAUUUAUUUUUGAGUGUCUUGAGUCGCCUUUGUAUACGCACAAACCUGAUGUACGAUGUUUCUGUUUCAGUUCUACCUCUUUGUUUGGAGUCGUCAGUCGCUGCUGCGCCGCCUGUCGUCCGUGUCAUUCCCUACCCUUCCCGAACUGUUAGUGCCCCCCCUUCAGGUUGACUAACGUAUGACACGCCCGGCCUUCAGAGAUGUGUAAAUCGAGCUCUUCUCAGUCGUAUUCCCUGUAUAUUCCCGCUAAUUUGCACUUAAAAUCCUGCUAGCAGUAAAUUAACUAAUUUAUGUUUUUGUUCAGACAAAGUAUUGAAUCUGUAGAACUCUUAAUUUAUUUUUUUUAGAUGCGUUGACGUCACAUUUGUCCAUCGUGGAAGGAGGGGCGUUGUUUAGCUUGUUCGCAAAUUAGCAAAAAGCUAAUUACAUAUCACUGUUACUUUAAUGUUUAACCAAUUUAAAGUUCAAGGUGUGCUUAGAUCAGUGGUUUCCUAACUUCUUCCGCAGCGCCCCCUGUUUGUAGAUAGGAGAUAGGCCCGCAACCACAUCCUAACAUAAGCAGCCCUAAAACUCUGUUGUACUUUACUUAGUUUACGGUGAUACUACAACAUUAAUAUUCUCAUCGAACAGAGAAAAUACAAUUCCAAAUCAGUGCGAUUCUCAAACUGCAGCGCAAAAAAAACAGUGUUCAUUUACUUUUUUGUUUUGUUGUUUUGGUUUUUUAAUCCACCAACACAGAACUCCAUCAAAGUGUUCAUUUGUUGAGCAUCCUUUUUUUUUGCCAAAAGAAAAUGUGCAAAUUUAGCAGAAAAUAUUCGUUUGUAAAUGUGCCUGGUUCAGUAGCACUGGUACGUGUUGAACAGACUUCUCGUAUUUACAGUUUAUUAUCAUAAAACUCACGGUUGACUCGAAGGGUGAAGUUGAAAAGUUGAUCACUGUUGCUUUCCUCAAAUACCUCAACCGCUAAUUACGCUGAAUGCUAACGACUUAGCUAACGUUGAUAUGGUCGGAAUGAGCUCCUGAACAACAGUGACCGUUGGUUCGGUUUGGGCUUCCCGAUCAAACUUAAUGACAAACUUACUUACGUUUCGAUGAGACGACGUUCGUGGGCGGCGCGACAUUUGCACUGAACGACGUUGUCCUCGAACACCUGCUGUAACUGUGUCCGUUCAGGGUCGGGCCGUUGGCGGCGCUACUCCGAUGUAAAUGGUUAUUUAUUCUAUUUAUUCUGUUUUGUAGUUCGACUGUUUAUGGCUGGUUCUAGAGCCGACCGGUUGUAGGAACGGAACCGUUGCCUCAUUGCCUUAUUUUGGACACACUGGAGACGAGGACAGAGGACUAAAUGACGAUUAAUGUUUUUUGUUUUGUUUUGUUUGAUAAUGCUUUGAAUGCUAACAGCAGCUGUUUAUAGGUGUUUCUGUUCAGAGAACUGACUGGAAGAAUAAAUAACAACA